AUGAUAAAAAAUGAUCUACUCCCAUUAAUUAAAGAUAAAAUCAAACAUGGUGAUCAUAUAGAGAUUACUCUUCAUUCAAUAAAAGAUCUUUUUUCAAAAUUAUCAACAGAACCAUUAAUAAAAAAAAAUAGUAAUAAUAAUAAAUAUAAAGAUGAAGAUUAUUUAGAAAUUAUUGAAUUAUUAAUGAAACAUAGAAGAGAUCAAUUUGAAAUUACUGAUUUAAUUAUGAUUGCGGUAAAAGUUUAUUCUCCAGAUAUUAUUAGAUUAUUAGUUAAUGAACCAUAUUCAGUUAUAAUUUAUCCAACAACAUUUGAAUUUGCAAUUACAGAUUCAAAUUUAGAAACAAUUAAAGAACUAGUAAAUUUAGAACCAAUAAAUUUUAAAAACUAUGGUAUUAAAUUAAUCAGUGAAGAAUUUAAAAGAAAAUCAUUAUCAUUAGCAGCACAUAGAAAAACUCUUAAAACUUCAAUCACCGAAUACAUUUUUAAUAAUCCAUCAUUAUAUUCAAUACCACCACCAUUAUCAUCAUUAAAUAAUCAACAAAAACAACGACUAUCAAAUAAAAGAUUAAAACUAUUUUUAUUAAUAUAUAAUAAUAAUAAUAAUAAUAAUAAUGAUAAUGAUGAUGAAGAAAUAGAGUAUGAAUAUAUUGAUUUUGAAGAUUUUAUGAAAUUAAAAUCAAGUGAUUUAUUGGGAUCGCUUAUGGAAUUAGAUAUAGUAGUUUUAAGAAUAACUUAUCAAAGUUUUGAUUCAUUUAUUAAAAUGUAUCAUCCAUAUGAAAGAUUACAAGUUGGUAUUAAAAUUAUUCUAAAGUAUGAUAUUAGAAUUCCAGAAAAAAAAAGAGAAGAAAUUUUAGAAAAAGCCAAUAAAAUUGAUAGAAAUAAUGAAACAGGUUUUAAUAAAUUAAAAGAAUUGAGAAAAUUAGUAGCAAUAGAAUUAUCAAAUCAAAUAAACUUUUAUUUGUAUUAUUGGAAAGCAUAUCGUGAGAAUAUUAAAAAACUUUGUAAAAUUCAUAGAAAACGGGGCCUUCCAGAUAAUAAUAUUGAAGAUCAAGAAGCCAUAUAUCUAAACCAUCCUCAAGCAGGUGAUGAAGAUAUAGAACAAGUAGAAUUAUUAUCAUAUAAUUUAAAUUCAGAUAGUGAAGAAGAAGAUGAAAUUGAUAAAAAUGUUGUUGAACAAAAUUAUUCUUUUGAAGAGUAUUUUAAUUACUCGAAAAGAUUAAAAAAAGAAUCAGUUUUUGAUAAAUCCAAUAGAUAUUCAGAUUUACUCAAUUCAUAUUUAAAAGCAAUUAAAGAGGGUAAUAUUGAAAAGUUAGAAGAUGUUGAUACAAAUAAUCCAAUGUUUCAAUUAGAUGUUUCAAAAUACCAUAAAUUUCAAUUACCAAAUGAAAAAGAAGAUGUAUUGAAAAUUUGGGAAUACUUUAAUAGACACUCAUUUAAACAAAUGAUUCAAAAUUAUGGUAUUCUCAUUGAAUUUAUUUCAAGUGUAAUUAAUGUUAUUCCACCUUUAGAAUUGAAAAUUUCAAAUAUUGAUGACCUACUAUUUUCCCCUGAAAAACUUGGAACAUUUCUAUUUCAUCAAUUACACAACAAGAAUUUUAAUGUUAUUGAAUUAUUAUUAAAUAGUUUUGAUGAUAUUAAUUUUAAAUAUCAACCAAUAGAAUUGGCAUCUCUUAUAGAUCAAGAGAGAUUUUUAUUUGAUAAUGAGGGUGAAUUAUUACAAGUUGAUAAAAAGUUUGCUUUACAAAUAAUUAGAGUAAUUGAAUUGGUAAUGGACAAAGUUAAUAAACUCACUAAAGAUCAAAAAAAUACUGAAAAUAUUUUAACAACAUCGUAUCGUCUCAUUUUAAAUAAUUUAUAUGAUCAAUUGCUUAGAGUUAAAGGUUUAACAAUAGAUCAAUUAGAAUAUGUUAGAUCAAUUAUUCCUGAACAAUUACUUAGUAAUAAUUAUGAAAUCUAUCGUAUCUUUUUCUAUCUUAAUAUCAGAUCUUCAAAAUUAACAAAAUACAUAAUCGAAAGACCUAGGAUUCUCAGAUAUUCAGCUGUAUUAAUCAAUAAUUACUACGAUACUAUUGCACCAAUUACAAAUGAAAUUUCUUGUUUUGAUUUAAGAAAAUUUUUUAAAUUUGAUUUAUUCACUUAUGAUUAUAUAUUAGGUAGAGAAUCAAUUCAAUAUAGUAGUGGUAGUAGUGGUAGUGGUAGUGAUAGUGGUAGUGGUAGUAGUAGUAGUGGUAGUAGUGGUGAUGAUGGUAGCAAAAAUAAUAAUAAAAAGUACAUAACUCAAGUAGAUACACUAUUAAGAGAACUAAUUAAACAAUUAUCACAUGAUAUUUGUACAAACGUUAGUAAUAGAGAUAGAAUUGUUAAGGGUAAAGAUUUCUUUAAUCUUUCAUUAAAUGCAGAUUUAAAAUUCAGUUUAAAUAUUGGUAGAAAAGAUUUAUUUUGGGAAUCAUUAGAUUGGAUUGAACAAUAUAUGAUUAAAAAUGAAAAUUUAAUGAGGCGUCAAUUUUAUCAAUUCAAUUCACCAUAUGAAUCAUUAUUACCAACUGGUACAAUAUUUUCAAAUGUAAAUAUAAUAAAAAAAGAAUUACCAUCAAAAGAAUUAACAACAAUUGAAAGUUCUUUUUUAAAAAUUGAUAAUUUUGAAAAACCAAUACCAAAUGAAUCAACAAUUAAAGUUAAUUGGAAUUCAGAUAAAUUAAUUGAACCAUUCAAACCAAUUCCAAAACUUAUAAAUUCAUUUAAAUUUUCAGAUGAAGUAAAGGAUUCAGUUUGUAAAGUAAUGAAUGUAAAUGAAAUUCAAAGAUUUAUUCAAUAUAAUUUCUUUGAAUCAUUUUUUCAAAAUGAAAUUUAUUUAUAUUCAUCGUGUAUGAAUAGAGAAGAUUUAAUGUCAUUCCUAUUAAAUAAUUAUAAUAUUGAAGCUUAUUUUCUACUUGGGCCAAGUGGAGGAUAUUUAGAAUGUAAAUUAAUCUUUGAAAAUCAUUUUGAAAAAUUAAAGAAUAUUUCAAACCUCAAUCAAUGGUUUGAAAGUCGUUAUUCACAAUUCUCAUCGGCUUUAUUAAAUUCUUUUUUAAAAUACAUUUGUAAAGAAAAUAAUAUCACAAGAUAUAAUCAAUUCAUUCAACAUGAUAAUUUACAAAUUAGAAAACAAAUAAUUAAAGAAAUAAUUGGAAUAUUAUUUGAUAGAUUCUUAUCAUGUGAUGGUUAUAAUGACGAUGAAUAUGAUGAUGAGGAUGAUGAGGAUGAUAAUGGUGAAGACACUAAUCAGAGUUUAGCAUCUAUAAUAAAAAAUCAAAAUAAUAAAGUUUUACUCAUUCAAUCAAUUAUUGAACAAUCAGAUACUCAAUUAUACUUUAAAUCAGCUUUAGAUCAAUUUUUAUUAGAAUCAAAAGAAGAUAGAAAAAAUGAUGAAAUUAAUUCUCCAUUCAUUGAAAAUAAUAAAAAUCCAUUCUUACAAUUUUUUAUUAAAGGUAAUAUUAAAACUUGUGAUAUCAUUCUUGAAUAUUAUCCAAAUCAAUUUAAAAUCACUAAAGAUUCAAUCACUGAAGCAUUAAAAUUGGAAAAUAUUCAUAUCAUUAAAUAUUAUUAUAAAGUUGAUAAUUGUAAAAAUUUAAUUAAUAAUUUUAAAAAUGAUAAUAAUUUAUUAAAACAUUUAAAAAAUGAAUUAUCAAAACAUCCAAUUUAUAAAUAUCAUUUAACUUGGUUAUAA